GCAUUUGAAGAGGGGACAUGGAGUUAAGGGACUACGAAACGGAUUGAUUCAACGAUUUGUCCGAGGGACUUCCCGGCUGCCGUUCAGUUUUUUGUUUAAAAGCGGACGCAGUUAUACGAUGCCUACCCAGUUUCACGUUUGACACGCGCUGUAACGGUGUCAAUUAUCAUGAAGUCAUCCUCCUACCUUGUCGGAUCAUUCGUACUAUACAUCUUGGUGCUCGAACACAAAAUCCUUCCUAUACCUGCCAUUGACAUUGACAGCAUGAAUUUCGUGAAUGCAAUCGAGUGUCCGAGAAUCGUCAGCCGAAGCGAAUGGAAGGCCAGGAAGCGCCUCGAUUUUCAAAUUCUGUCGGUUACACCGACGCCGUAUGUGGUGAUCCAUCAUGGCGGUAUAUCUAAAUACUGUCGUGACCAGGAGACAUGCUCUGCGAUCGUUAGAUCUUACCAGGACCUUCACAUGGACGAUCGAGGCUGGUGGGAUAUCGGCUAUAAUUUCCUCAUUGGUGAAGAUGGCAACGCUUACGAGGGACGUGGUUGGGAUUAUGUGGGCGCCCAUGCACCUGGCUAUAAUACCCAGAGCAUCGGCAUAUGCAUCUUAGGAGACUUCAGCGACUUUCUCCCGAAUCUGGCCGCCUUGAAGACGCUAAACGAGCUGAUAGCUUGCGGGAUUUCACUUGGUAAAAUAAGCGAUAAGUACAAUGUGCUUGGUCAUCGACAGGCGCGGAACACGGAGUGCCCUGGCCAAAGCCUUUACGAGUACGUAACUACUCUUCCUCGUUGGACCGCGAAUCCGAUACCCAUUCGUUUGGCCAUGACAUUGCAAAAAAACGACAUCGAGAAGAACAGCACAUCGAAUGAAGAGAACUGAAAAAUAAAAACAGCAUAUCGCUUUAUAAUGAAAUUUCUGGACGUCAAAUAGGUCAAAGGUCAAAGGUCGAGAUCAUACUGAAUCCUAUAAGCCAAUAUAAAAUGAAGAUUUGAUGUAAUAAGACUAUAAAUGCAAUAGUACAAAUUACAUCAUUUCCAUUAAAAUAAGGUAAAAAUCUUAUAAUUUAUUUUACGUCAAUU